GUCCAAACACACAGAAAAACUCCUGGUGAAACGACUGAGAUCCAUGUGACACUAUUAUAAAGAUGGCAUUUAUUAAAGAGGAGAGUGAAGACAUGAAGAUUGAAGAAGUAUUCACCAUGAAACAAGAAGAUACUGAGGAACAAACAGAUCUGAUGGCACUGAAAGAGGAGAGUGAAGUACUGAAUGAAAUUAAAGAUCAUGAUUUGAUAACUGGAGAAAAAUCUUUUAGUGGCUCACAGACUGAAAAUACUUCCUCUCAAAAAAACGUUAGAAGGAAAGGAUCUUUUUUCACCUGCUUUCAGUGUGGAAAGAGUUUCAGUCACCAUGAAAACCUUAAAGUCCACAUGAGAGUUCACAAUGGAGAAAAGCCCUACACCUGCCAACAGUGUGGGAAAAGUUUCUCUGAAAAUGGAAGCCUUAAAGUUCACAUGAGACUUCACACUGGAGAGAAGCCUUACACCUGUGAUCAGUGUGGAAAGAGUUUCAGACAAAAUGGUGCCCUUAAAUACCACAUAAAAACUCAUACCGGAGAGAAGCCUUACACCUGCAAACUGUGUGGAAAUAGUUUCAUAGCAGAACCAAGCUUUAGGUGUCACAUGAACAUUCACACUGGAGAGAAGCCUUUCACAUGUGAUCAGUGUGGAAAGAGUUUUACCCGUAAAGUAACCCUUAAUUCCCACAUGAGAAUUCACUCAAGAGAGAACUAUUUUACAUGCCCUCAGUGUGGAAUGAUUUUUACAUGUAAAAAAUCAUUUGAUUCCCAUAUGAGAGUUCACACUGGAGAGAAGCCUUACACCUGCAAACUCUGUGAGAAGAGCUUCUCACAAAAAGGAUAUCUUAGGUGUCACAUGAGAAUUCACACUGGAGAGAAGCCUUACACGUGUGAUCAGUGUGGAAAGAGUUUCAGACAAAAAGUAACCCUUAAUAAACAUGUGAGGAUUCACUUAAGAGAGAACCAUUUUAUGUCAUCAGUGUGAGCAGAAUUUCACAGACAAGA